UCUUUUAAACUAAAUUUUUUUUAGACUAUGUGUUUUACAUUUUUAUGUAUUUUUAUUAAUUAUUUAUAAAUUGUAAACUUUAAGAAAAUAAGUGUAGUUAUUUAAAUACUACUGAUUUAUGGAAAACAGUUAAACAUAAAAAACGAUACAUCUAUAGUCAAAAAAAAAUUAAAUAUAUUUCUAGUAUGUAUAAACCAAAAAAUACAUCAUUUAAAAACAAAUAGAGUAUUAAUUAGGCAUUUGUGGCGAAUGGGGGUGACUGAUCAUGCACUUAUGACUUACCUCAGCCAAUGUAAAGAUGUCACCAGACUUUGCAGGCUCUCUUUUUGGCAAAUAAAGAACUUGUUAAUUUUCGUUUAAUGUACACACAAUUAGCUUGAACCAUUUCAUUCUAUAAAGAACCCCCACACUAUCUAUUCCUCAUUUCCUCCAUAAACCAACAAACAUUCAAGCUCCAACUUUAUCCUCCGUUAACACAACAAUGGCUUCUCCUCUGCAAACACUGAUUGCCACAAUGGCUAUGCUAAGCCUGGUUAUUGGAUGUGCAGAGAGAGUAAGUGGAAUGCGUUACAUUCCCAACUUCUUCACUACCGGUGAGACAAAACACUCAGAGUUUCUUGUGAGCAUUGCACCCCAACCAUCUGGUCUCAUCCCUAGAUUAGGAAGAUUCUUGCUGCCACCCCAGCCUAAAAGGCCAUUCAAUCCUUACAACGAUCCAAUUGCUGCUGCUCCAGCCUCUUCUUGUGGAAUCCCUAGUAGUUUUGCCCCACACCCUGGAUAUGGAGCUUCCGGUCCAAGCUCUAGAGAAGAUGAAGUUCCACCAGUGCCACAACCACUUGAACUCGUCAACAAAUAAGCAUUUGCUAGACGCACAAGGGUCGACAAUCUUGGUAUCGUCAGAUUCCUUCUUCUGGUUUACACAACAAGUCUACUAGCCAUUUCAUCACUCAUAUCGCUGUUAUCUCUCUCUCUCAAUAAAGAUACAUAUUAUAAAUAAGAAUGUGUUUCCAAAUAACAUGUUAAGACUCCACACUGCUGUAAGA